AUGUUGUUCCACCCUGCCCGAGAAAAUUCCGGCCGUUUUUUGAUUGUCCCCGGGAACCUUUGUUCCUCUUCCCCAGAUCGUCGAUCCCUGCUUUUUCGUUUGGGCCUCAAAAGUUGGCUGGGACAGAUAAGCGGAUUGACCCUGAAGUAUUCGAACUUCUUCCAUUCUGCCGAGCUCUAUAUUAUUAUUAUCGUUCGCAUUUCUGGUCUGAAAGUCGUGGCACGAGGUCAUUGCAUGGAUGUUGCUUUCUGCUCCGCUCUAUGCAUAUAUAUCCCAUACUAUCCCCAUAGACCCCCCGUCGAUUGGAUCUCUCAUGAAGAUUGCCCAGGUGAUCCCAUCCUCUUCCGUUGA